GAUUCUGGCUUUUCUGUGAGAGAGAGAGAGUGAGAAAGAGAGAGAGAGACGCUACGGUAGCCUCUUGCCUGCUGCUACUGCUGGGAGGAGCCGGUUGGACUCAUCCCAUCCAUGAGCCCAGGAGCCAUCAGGUCUGCGGCUGACAUCCUCUGCCGUCCGCAGCGCUCCGUCCAGGAACACACGCACGCACGCACGCACGCACACACGCACGCACGCACGCACGCACGCACGCACGCACACAGAGAUAGAGACACAGGGAGAGGGAACGUCUCGGAGUGGAGCGGAGCGGAGCACUGGCUGGUCUUUCCCUGGAUACCGUCUGACUGCCCUCUCUCCUUCAGCCGGCUGACUGCCCUCUCUCCUUCAGCCUGCUGACUGCCCUCUGCCUGCCUCACCUGCGCAGUGAAAAAGGGCUGUUGUAAGGGGUCAGAAGCUAGCCAGACGGAAUCAGGCCAGACGGAACCUGGUCCACUACCAGAGCCAGACGGAACACGGAACACACACAGGCAUCACAAAGGCUCUGGCAGCGCCUCUCGCUUGGAACUUUCAGCGUCACAACUCUUAUUGCGAAAAAGGGAAUUGGGACCAAACGCUACCAGCGACAGAGCCUGGUGUGGAAAGUCCAGCCGAAGCGGUACAGGACGUGGACGCAGACACGCAGCCAUGGAGGCCAGGAGUACCGGUGUCCAGCCCCGGAGCACGCUGUUCUCAACCCGCCUGAAGACCAGUCUGCUAGUCACACUUAUCCUGGGUGUGUGGUAUGGCCAGGCUCUGGAGAUGAUCACAGGAAAGAUCCCUUACCUGGAGGCGGUGAACGGCAGCACCGUCCUGCUGCCCUGCAAGUACGCCAGCUGUGUUGGCAUCCAGGACCUCUUCUUCCAAUGGUCCUUCAACGACACCGACCCGGCCAACAGGCUGUGUGACGCUGUGAUUAAGGACGAGUUCACAGAGCCUCGACACCUAAACAUCUACAAGGACCGGGUGGAGUUUGUAGGCUCCACCAAGGACCAGAAUGUCUCCAUCUUGCUCUGGAACAUCACCUUUGAGGAUGGAGGGGUCUACACCUGCUAUGGCAAGAACCCCAAAGAGAAGGGCAGAUUCCACAAUGCCACCUUCACCCUGGUGGUGGUCGAUGAACUGAAGGUGGUGGAUAACAGUCUGGGUAUCCUGAUCGCCUCUUGUGUGGGAGGCUUCAUCGGCCUGCUUGUGUGCUACGCUCUGAUAAAGAACUUGACUCUCUUCAUUAUUGCAAAGUUAGAUGAGAAAAAUAAAGAGUGCCUUGUGACGUCUUCAGGGAUCGAUAACACAGAAAACGGCCUCUCAGGAUCCAAAUCGACGCCCAAAGCCACACCAAAGAAAGCCUGAGAGCCUGCAUGUAUGUAGAUUCCCAUAGAACAAAAACAAAAACAAAACAAAACAAAACAAAACAAAACAAAACAAAACAAAACAAAACAAAACAAAACAAAAUCAUCCAAAACACAGUACCCUCCCUCUUGACUCAUACCUCUGCAGAACGAUGCCAAAUGCAGGAGGGACAUGAGACGAGCACCCCCUUCAGGCUAAACACCUCUCCAGUCCUCCUGCUUCCAUUUACCACACUAGGCACGAAACAUGAAAGCCCACACUGAUCCACACUAAGCAAUAGGCUACAACCACACCUCCUGUAUUUCCACAUCGUUUGAUUUGUCUAACAGCCUUUCGUGUUGUGGUAUCGCUGCUUCUUUUUCCCCUGCAAUGUAUAUGCUUAGAGAACUUCUCUUAGUGCAACAUUUUGUUUCUUUUAUGGCACCUUAUCCUUUCGAGUGCACUAGUGCAAAGGGAAAGUGGAUGCCAUCUGUGGCUCCUGGUCUAGAACUGUGGUGCUUCUUUUGCAGAUGCAGCUAUAGGACAUAUCAACUCAUGCUUCUCUCUCAGGUGUAUGAAUCAAUUUGGAGGGAACUCUUCAUUUCUGCAUAUAUUUCUAUAUGCACUUGUGUGGUCGAAUGGUACACAGAACCAUGUGGGACUGUUUUUCUUAUGAUAAUGUAAAGAAAUAGUAAUAUAGCAUAUAUUUAUUUUAUGCAAACUAUGCUUGAGACAGGGAUAAAUGUAAGCUAUACAUUGUUUUUCUUCUGGGCUGGAUAAGGAGCACCCCCCCUCUCUAUCUCUCUUUCUCUCUCCUAGUUCUUAGUUAAAAACGGUCAGUGAACCUGUCCAAUCCUGCACAGGUUCACUUACGCACCUCUCUGACAGGUAAAAUAUUGUCCCUCCCUCUCUCUCUCUCUCUCUCUCUCUGUCUCUGUCCAUCUCUCUCUCUCUCUCUCUCUCUCUCUUCUUGCUCAUCUGUUUUCCUCACACCAUCCCUGAAAGUUGUUUUGCCCUUACCUCAGCUCUUAGCUGGAUCGCAUCUAUUCCCCAGGGAACAUCGCAAGUUUGUCUAUUGUGGCCCACACGUCCCACAGGCAUUAGUUAACUGCUCCCAGGACAGAUGUCGACCAGAGCUGUUACUCAGCUGUGCUUCGUUUGUGUCCUUUCGGCCACACUGUGCAGCCACACCCUCUAUCGGGAGUCAAGGAUAACUCCCUCUGUCUGUGCAGGAACGCCUGGCUAGAGGAAUCUGGUUAAUGAGAUUCUUAAAAUAGUCAACAUUAGCAGAAGGGCCUGCCUGCUGUGUGGUGGAUGCAAUAAACUGUUGGUAUUCUCUCUUCCCGUACAGUCUAUUUUGAGCAGUACAGAGAGGUAAUGCAAUCCUGUAGCCUUGAUGCAGUUGUAAUGCUAUUGCCAAGGUUACCACAGUGAUGUACCAUUGAGAGUGCGUGGGCCCCUCAACUCAGUUUUUCAUUCUUUCCAUACUCUACUACAUGCACAACCUGAACUACCCGUUCAGCACUUUUCCUUAGUCACCUAUUCUAGGAAGGGGGGCUGAGGUGAAAAAUUAUGGGGAAUGAAGGGCACUGCUUCUGGUUCAGCCCAGGGACAUUCUUUAUUUUUAUGUUUUGCUUGCGAUGACAAAAAAAAAACAAAACACAGGUGCCUGUAAGCGCUUCUAUCGCCACCUGCUGGUGGAAAGGACUAAGUAAUGCAAACAAAUACAAAUACAUGCAAAACAUAAACGCUGCAAAAA